AUGCAGAGUUUUAUUGUCAACAAUGGACCCCAGGCUGGACCUAAGAACUAUGUCUUCGUUGACGAGCACAACCGGCAUAAACGGCUCAAGUUGCACUGUGUACCGCCAACAGGGGGUCCCGAGGGUGAUUUUGGUCCUACUGCUCCCGCUGCCGGCCAGCCGGGGAUUGACUACCAGGCUUAUAACCAGUCGCCGGUCGAUGGUCAUCAAGGUAUACCGCAUGGCGCUCCCGGAUUCCCAGUAUCUUACAAUGGACAAUCCUUCGAGUCGUACGACUACGACGCAGAAUACUCCAAGGGCGGCUACUACCCCCACGGAGAGGCGUACUCAACGAUGUAUAGCGGGCAAGAUCUGAGUGACCCGUCCCUAUCUUCAUACGCUGGGACGCAGGCCUUUCAGCCUGUUCGUGCCGAUUCUGAUAAUCAGAUCCCUGCGCAGACUCCAAUCUCACAGUACACAGCCGAGGAUCUGAGCCAGCACUUAGGCGAUCUCAAGAUCAACGAGAAUGGCAUUGCGCCUUACGUCAGGAAAGAAAAGGCGGUCGAGGACGAUGCAGAGGGCCCAGUCCAGGAAGCAGAAUUUAAAUUGACCAACUUCAGUACCGAUGCAGGAUCGCAGAUUAGGAUACCGCCGGCCCUCAUGCCAGAUGACGAGGACGCGAUGGGAUAUUUUGACAUAUUUUUCAGCAACGUACAUCCUUAUGUUCCAGUGCUUUGCAAAAGCCAAUUCAUGCACCAAUGGCAGCAUAAGAGGGAUUCGAUCUCGCCACUAUUGCUCGAGGCGAUUUUCGCAUGUGCUGGGCGCAUGUCAGACGAUCCUGCCCAGGGAGCACAGUGGCUGGCGCUUGCCAACAAGCACGAGCCCAUGUUUCUGGAUGCACCUCGUCUGAGCACCGUCCAAGCGCUGCUCAUUCUACUAAAAGCUCGAGAAAGUGCACCUAAGCGUGGUUACUAUUAUCGCUCCUGGGCUUUGACGAAACAGGCUGUCUCAAUGGCGAAAGAUAUGGAGUUGCAUGAACACCACGAAAUACACGAGUCCGGAGAAGCUUGCGGUUCUGAGCCAGUCGAAUGUCUUGCCAAAACUCGAGUAUGGCAGACGUGCCUCAUCAUCGAAAUGAUGGUCGGCGCGCCUCAAGGAAGAACGGACAUGUCGGUCGAUCCAAAUUCCGUUGAUGUCUCACCGAAUCCGCCAGCCUCCGAUAUGAACGACUUUGAGGCAAUGAUCUCUCGCCAAUUUGCGUACUUCCUUCGAAAUGCUCGAAAUAUCCGCCUGAUCACCGAAGUAGCCCGGAAGCUCAAGCGAAAGGAGGACUGGGGUCUUGACAAGGAAUUGAUAUCCUACAAUGUGGCAUUCCACAAGUGGCCGAGCGAGCUUCCCAGGGAUCUGCAAGUUGUAAUGCCACCUGACGGCUCGAGUCCGAAGCUUGCGUCCCACUUCGUCGGGAAUAUGCACACGCAUUAUCACCUCGGCAUCGUCAUGCUACGUCGUGCCCAACUUACGGCAUCAGAGAAAUUCGCCGAUGACGAUGCGUGGAAGCAGCAUAUGGCUACGUGCUAUAAUUCGGCGAAGGCACUGUGCCGAAUACAAGAAGCAAUCUUGAGCAAGUAUGAUCUCGUGGGAUUGUUGGUCAUGCAAAGGGGCAUCAACUUCACGAUAUAUGCCAUCCUAACUUGUGUCAUGAUCCACUUGAUCGCCAUCACUUCACCUGACCCAGACUUCAAUGCCGACGCCAAAGAGUACUUUGUGCGACAUAUGCGCAUUCUGGAGCAAUGUGUCUCCGCCUGGCCGAUGCCAGAAACCGAGGCCCAGAUCAACGGCCUAAGAUCAGCGUUCUCUGCCGACACAAGUCGCCCGUUCGAGCUGAAACCAUCCUUCCCUCUAGGCUCACCACCUGGUGAUAACUUCCCAACACCUCCAGCACUCCAUUCAAUUUCUCAAGCAGAGAAUUAUCAACCACAGCAGCCCACUCAACAACCUCCGCAAGUGAUCAUACCACCCAGCCAUGGCUAUAUGAGUCAGCAAAUGUCUGGUCAUCAUCAAGGAUCCUAUCUCGCUACACCACCUGUCUCAGCUACUUCCGACGUAAAAUCCCAAUCGCCAAUGAACCAACAUGCCUACGAUAUAAACACUCACGUGCCUAUCAUGCCAUCCGGCAACUUCUACGGACACAGUCUCAGCCCACACGAAGCGCCUCAAUGGAACCCGACACCCAUCAUCGACCAAUUCAACCAAGCGUUCGCGAUCCCAGCUUCAGCCCUCGCACCGCCAGCGUUCACGAGCUCUCCACCAGUACAAAUGACGAGCGGACAUCCUAAUUACAACAUCCAGAACACGCCUUCGCCUCCCGUGUAUGUGACACCGAAGCAAUGGCAGCAGAGCGUGGCGAGCGUGUAUGAGGGUGGGUUGAAAAGGAGGUGGGAUUCUAUGCAGCAGGGUGGGAGCGAGCAGCAAGCUAUGAAAAGGCGGUGA